AUUUUCCUUCAAUCCGUACAGCGUAGCUACUUGCCUGGCAAAGUCCACUGCCGUGUUCAACAACAUUGUAAUCCUUCUUGCCCUGUAUUAUAUGUUAAAAGGUAAUCCCAUAAUAUCUGCAGUUUUUGUUGCCUUGGCUGCAUACAUCUCCAUGUAUCCCAUAAUUCUUUGUGUGCCUGUUGCAGUAUAUUCAGUGUUGAUGUCUAGAAAAGAAAAGAUGAGCUUCACAGAUUCAGCAGCCAUUACGGGAUACCUCCAGAUAGUGUGUAUCACGUUUAUAGCAGUGGCUCUAAUGUUACUCUUCUCCAUGUUGUUCGUGGGUUCAUGGGAAUUCAUACCGUCCACAUAUGGUUUCAUUCUGGGUGUUCCUGAUCUGACUCCAAACCUGGGACUUUUCUGGUACUUCUUCACUGAGAUGUUUGAGCAUUUUAGAACAUUCUUCAUCUGUGUUUUUCAAAUAAAUGCUGUGAUAUACACCAUUCCACUUGCAAUAAGACUAAGAGAACACCCCACCUUCCUGUUCUACACACUGCUGUACACCAUUGGGAUCUUCAAGUCCUACCCAGGCUACGGAGAUGUGGGUCUCGUGAUUGCUUUACUCCCUUUAUGGAAACAUGUUUUUAAAUAUAUGAGGAAUACUUUUGUGACAGUCUGUAUGUUCCUAGUCACCACCGUGUUUGCACCUAUACAGUAUUACCUAUGGAUCUAUGCUGGAAGUGCUAAUGCCAACUUUUACUUUGCCAUAUCUCUUGCAUUUUCUACAGCACAGAUUUUGAUGGCUACUGAUCUGCUGUUUGCCUUUCUGAAGAGGGAAUUUUACCUCCUGAAUGGAGACAAGCACAAGCUUUCUGAUGGGACAGAUGCCCAGAUCAUCUUAGACUCAUAAACCAAGAAUUCAAAUAA